AGGCAGAGUAGGAGCCAGAGAGAUAGGAGUCUCAGACAAGGCUGUAUCUCGCUACAGCUGACACACAGGUGAACUUAGACCCAAUCAAACGCACAGCUGGAAUAGAUAAGACCACACUCUUCUGCCGACUACUGAGGAAUUAAUCCAAACAAACAAAAAAAAAGCGCUACAAUGGAAGCGGUCCUGACAAGGCUGAGAGAUUUCUCCUGCAGGGAAGCCACCUUUGACACCUGCAAGUCUGUAGAAGCCGUGCCUCACCGGGACAUGGAGAACAGAGGAUGUUUGGCCAAAGAGAAGUCCAGAGGGGACAGCCCACUCCGAGAGACAGGCACCCGUCAGCUGGACAUCGAAACUGCGCUUGCCUGGUUGAGGAAGGAGCUGAUUGAGAUGCGGUCGCAGGAUCAGGUGCUCAUCCGCCAGCUAAUGGACCUCCAUGCAGGCAUCCAGGAGCUGAAGCUGGAGUGUGCUGAGGCUGAGUUGGAGCUGGAGGAGGAGGAAGAGGAGGAAGAGGAGGAGGAGGAAGAGGAGGAGAGCAAGGACGAUGAGGAGGCAAGCUGGGAUUCGGGCAGCAGCGAUGCUGGGGACAGCAGCAGCAGCAGCUCACUGUCCAGCUCUGGAGAGAUGGACUGCUACCUCCCCUCUGCCCCCUGCCUGUACCCCCACCACAGCCCCUGCUCUCCGUACUCGCUGUGGGGCUCGCCACCCAAACGUCAUCUCAGCCGACGCAGCUCUCUGCCCUAAGCAUCUCACUAGCCCAGAUGUGUUCAUCUUUACAGUCACUCCAACCAUGAUGCAAGCCCCAGAAGUUAUAUUUGCCUACAUGACAAGUCCAUAUUAACUGGGUAGAUAGAGGUGUACAUGUUCAUUUGAUUGUUUGUUACGGCCUUCACAAUCUUUUUCUGACCUCUGCCUAGCUUGCAUUAAUCUGAUAGCAUCUAAAAUAGCUAUACCCAUCAAGAUCAUGAUCAUGUAUUGGUUCACAGGUAAUAUUCUGACAGUAGAAUUAUUGGAGUUUGACUAAGGUGAUCUAAUCAUCUAAGUCACAUCCCAGAGAAGAGAAUAUCCACAUUUGUCUAUUUUCCUCAUCCCCAGUAGCUAUAACAAUGCCACUCUGAAGAGGCAGCUCAUGUGUAAUCUGUGAUAUGAUGGAAUGUAUAUUUUUCCUGAUGACAAAAGGCAACAGAAUUCUGCCUGAUGCCUUUGUGUGAAUGUGAAUGUACGUAUGUACGAAUGUACGUUUGUAAGUAUUAUAGGAGAGAGCUUGCUGUAAUCUCACACACUUAUUUUUUUUUCUUUUUUGGAUGUGUGUAAAUAGCAUAAAUUCAAAUAGCAGGCAAGAAAAAUGUUACAUUCAUUGUAUGUAACUUCUGUAAUGAUUACAUAACUCAGUCAUACUGUGACAAUAACAAACUCUUUCAUGUUUCAGUGCUGUCUUGUGUAACCAACAUGAUAAAUACAUACAUUGUAAAGUUACAUUCCAUCCAAUGACCACUGAAUUAUACACACAAUGAGGUGGGGGUGGUGGUGUGGAGGAAGGGGGGUGUGUGACAUUUUAAUUGUACCAUGCUGUGUGUUCUGUGACAAAACGGUGCAUUGUUUGACUGGCCCAAGACAGAAUCCCAACAGCCUAUACAGUGAAAAAGCCUUACAGUGAAAAAGCCUCUGGAUUUUAAAUUGACAGUAAUUGUGGGGAUCAUUCUGAUGACCUUGUUGGGCCAGUAUCAUGUUUCCCUGCAAUGCAAUGCACAGAGGGAACAUACAGAAAGAGCGAUUACACAGCCAGGGCAGUGACAAUAAAACCAUGUCAGAUCUGUUUUCACUGAAAUGCUGCCCUCCCCCGGGACAUGGACAUUGUGUGGUGUCCGCAAAAGAGUUAAUCCAUUAUGUCAGAUGACAACCUGCUUUCAGCUAUGGUGGGAAAUGUUCAAGACAGGUGGACAGUGUGUUCACUGCCACUUGUUUGACUGAUGCAGAGUACAUUUGUGUGUAUGAUAAAAUAAAUUUAACUUGUCAAUUUUUGGUCUUAAUUUAUUUACAUUCGUAAUACAAUACACAUGCUCAUUUGGAAUUGCAUUAUUAUUCUGGGAGCUAG